AAAUGGCUGCGCCCAGGGAAGACACAGAGGAGACACACUAUGGAUCUGCAACUAAGCCUUGUACGGCCAGAACGUGUUUUGAUUUUGCCACAUUCAUGAAAAUGCAAGGGAAGACUAUUGAAAAGAAAAUGGAAAAGAACAACAAGAAGCAAAAAGAAUGUCCACUUGACAAAGACAGUUUAGGGCGAAACACGUGGUCUUUCCUCCACACAAUGGCGGCUUACUAUCCGGAGAGACCAUCUGAAACACAGCAGAAAGACAUGUCCAAUUUCAUCCAUCUUUUCUCCAAGUUUUUCCCUUGUGACUUCUGUGCAGAGGACCUUCGCAAGGAACUGAAGACCAACAAACCAGAAACAGGAUCACGUGAAGAGCUCUCUCAGUGGAUGUGUAGAUUACAUAACAAAAUAAACAAAAGAAUCGGGAAACCUGAGUUUGACUGUAAUCUCGUGGACGAGAGAUGGCGAGAUGGAUGGAAAGACGGAAGUUGUGGAUAACCAAAUUUAUAUUUAGGGAACCGUUAACUGUGAUAUUCCAAUGGCAUUUUAUAUUUUCACUUUACUUAACUCAAAACGAAGAGGGGGUGAGAGAAAGAGGGAGAGAGAUUGUACAUAUCUGUUUAUUAUACACGUUUGUGUAUCAUAAAUAAAUUGGCAUUGUUAGCAUUUAUAUAU